CCCGGGUCCUAACAGUCAAAAGUAUUUAUCUGAUCUGGAGCAGUGCUGUCCGUGUAAAAACAAAUUUCGGCGUUCUCAUCCCUCCUAUGACAGAGUUUUAGCAUUCUUUGACAGAGAAACCCCGUGAAAAUCAAAAAUGUUUCUGUAUUCUCUCUGUAAUACCGUUCUCUGAACCCCAUGCUGUUCUCCGGUAUGUCUUGCAUGCUUGCCGUCAUGACUGCUGUCUGUGUGUGUGUGUGUAUGUGUAUGUGAUCGCCUAUCUCUCCCCAAGCCCCUCCUUAAUCACCACAGGGUUAUCAGAGACGCAGGGGGAGAGAAGUGGAGAAUGUUAAACAAAACAUUCUUUUUUUUUUACAGUCUGUUAAUUCAUAAACACAAGACACUCAACAAGAACUACCAAAAAAGAAUAAAACUGUGCAGUCAUCUGUUGAAUAUAUACCGUUCGGAUAAAUAAAACCGCGCGAUGUAACUGCUUUGAAAUAUACCGUACGGGUAAAUAAAACUGAACAAUGUAACUGUUUGAAAUAUAUCAUUAAUAAAAACAUGAACAGUUUGACUGUUUAAAAAUAAUUCAAUCAGAAAAAAUAAGUUCCAUCAGUCUUUUUUAAUCGGAAAGUUUCAACAAUGUAGAAAAACAUAUAGUUUUGAAAAACUGUUUGUUAAACAUUUUAAAUGGAAACGUAUGCAGAUGAAAACUGAUAGGGGUGUGGGAUGAAUGACCUCAAAGUGUGGAAAAAAAAAAACCUCCAGGGGUCGAAAGUCGCAUCACACUUGUUUGUUUGAACAGAUAAAGACGAGUCGGUGUUUUUUUUCUCCAACGUCCAUUCAGCAAUGCUGAAUUUUACUCAAAGCUUCUGAAAUUUUAAAAAUAUGGAAACGGUACGUGGUUUAUUCAUCUCGUUUGGCAAUUUUUAGCAUUAUUUUUACACACUUUUUUUCUGAUGAUCUGUUGUUUCUAAAAAAAGCUGUGUUUUAUAGGCGAUGAGAUCAACUUUGACUUUCUUGAGGCCUUUACCGAGGAAGAACUACGAGAAAUCGAACUUCACAUUGAGAACGCAGCUCGGAACGAAGCAUUUAGCAACCAAGAAAUUUGGAGCGAACAUGGCUGGGAUAUAGAGGGCCAGGACGCAGCUACGUUGACACGACAAGUGAUGCGGGAUUUAUCCAGCUUCAGAGCCAGGCAGUGGCAGACCGCGCCGAGUGUCUCCGGAGUUCGGGUUCUCUACACUCCGGGCGAUUUCAGCUCCAUCACGUUCCAUCUCCCUUGACUCUACCGCCGGCGUCUCCUCUCUUCUCCAUUGGAUCAUCACCUCUGACGUCUCCCGGUCCUCCAGCUCCUCCUCCUCCGUCUCCCGAGACCGAGGCAGAGGUGCCGGGUUCCACAGGUCCAGCAACGUGCCAGACCUUCGCCCCACCGCAGCUCCCCUGAUUGGGAGCAGCAGUAGCAGCAGCAGGACCGCUGCAAACGCGUUCCCCGAGACCGAUGCGACGGUUCCGGGUUCCACCAUUACACACCUCCUGUACCACCACCACCACCAGCGCAGCAGCUCCCCUGAUUGUGAGAAGCGGCAGGACCGUUGCAACCGCAUACCCCGACACCGAGGCAGAGGUGCCGGGUUCCACAGGUCCAGCACCGACCCGGACCUACGCCGCUUCCGCUCGCACUCCCCCCACCACCUCCCUUGAUCGGGAGAAGCAUCAGGACCCCCGCACCAGCCUCCCCCGAGAGAGCCGCCACGGUGCCGGUCUCCAGCACCCCCUCUCCUCCGACACUGGGCCGGACCUACGCCGCUCCAGCGGCGGUGCGUGCUCAUCCCAGGAUCCUGACAAAUAGAACCGCCAGACGGAACGGCGCCAUAAGAGGCUCUUUCACCAGACAUCGCAGGAGGAGAAGGGACCGCUAUCUGCUUGAUACCCUCAGAGACGAGUUGACGUGUGCAGUAAAUGAACUUUUAUGCGCAGGAUCAGCAUAUUUGCGGAGCUUACAAGAAUGCAAUUACAUCGAAGAGGAUUUCUGUUUUUCGCUGUUUUAUGAGGUUUGUUUGGUUUUUUUUCUGUUUUUUUUUGUUGUUGUUGAGGUGAAAAUAUUGUAAAACAAAAAACAAAACCCUAAAAAAAUCUGACAUUAAACCCAGAAUGGCUGAAAAGGCAAGCGACCGAUCUAAUGAAUUACCGACCUUAAACCCUCAGCCAAACGAUUUUUACAAUUUAUUAAAUAACGCGAGUGAUGUAAACCCACAAUCCGCCACAAGCGGUGAUUUUCAAGAGUUGAUACAUUUUGUACAAGGGACUCGUUCGGAUUUUGAUAGUUUGCUAAAUGUAGAGCCUGAAACCGCUGCAUCCGCUGAAUUUCACAAUUUAAUAAAUGACGCCAACCCAGAAUUCAUCACAAGCGUGGAUUUUGAAGAUUUAAUACAUUUUGUACACGGUAAUCGCUCGGAUUUUGAUAGUUUGCUAAAUGUAAACCAUGAAAAUACACCUUCAUCACCACAACCACCUUCACCUCCUGCUGAUCGCUGUUCAAACCAACUGGGGGGUCAAAUUCUAAAUACAGCCCAGCAGGAGCCUGACACUUCCCCAGCUCCUGCAGCCUGCAACGCUCUGAAUGAAGUGCAUAGAAAUAGAUUUAACAACGUAGAAAUAAGACAGUUAUUACAGUUUCCACCCCCUACGGGUGUACCUGAUUACGGUUCAUUUUAUGGGGAAGUUAUGGGAACCGCUCACGAAUUGUUUCAAAGGGUCUCUUCACACGCUAGACCUCAGGACAAAAUUCAGUUGGAACUGAGGGGGGAGAGUCUGACCAGAAAUGUCACCAGCGUUUUAACCAACGGCGGAGACGACGAGAACCUUUCAGCAUUUCAUUAAGAAGAGAGCCUUGGAAAAAUUGUUGCACAGCAAAAUCCUUAAAAAAAAGAAAAGGUUUCUGUACAUAGUACAAAACUCUGAUGACAACAUGUGCUUUUCCGUCAAUGUAGCUCAUCUGCUGUUCCCCUCUCUCACCGACAGAGAGGCUGCCGGGAGAGGUAGAGAGAUUCAAAUCGCUGCCGGUUUAAACGAUCAGAACCAAGUGACCUUUAGCGAUCUGUCAAAAUUUGAACAGUUGUUGGAUUGUAAAAUUGUGGUAUUUUACAGAACGGAAGACGCGCGCACUCUCUCAAAAUUCCAAACAGGCUGUCCUCGAUAAAAUAAAACACUCUAUUUGUUUCUGCACCAGAAUCAUUAUUACGGCAUCAAAGAUCUCAAGGGGUUUCUCGGCUCCAAGUACGCUUGUCACUACCGUUAUUCGGGUUACGACAACUUACUGAGUCAUCACUGCCCCGUGCACUGUACAGUGUGUUUACACCCCGACUGUGUUCAGACAGAGUACAGAACCGUCCUGUGCUCAGACUGCAAUCGCGUCUGUCGCUCCCAGAGCUGCUUAGUUAGACACAAGCAGCCUGUCAAGAGACCGCGGGCUCAAAAAUCAGUCAGUCAGUGCCAGCUGUAUAAACGGUGCGACAAAUGCCUCAGAUUGUAUUACAUCCCCGUGUCUGUUGAAAUGAAACCUCACGUGUGUCAAGCUAUAAAAUGUAAAAUCUGCGGCGAAUCCACAGGGGACCCGUCGACCCCCCAAAACAGAAACACGCACCUGUGUUACAUACAACCCGUUAAACCGUCCGAGGACCAUUCAGAAAAAAUAAUAUUUUACAAUUUUGAAACGUUUACAGAUGAACAAGGCGUCCACAUUCCUUUUUUGGUCUGUGCUAAAUCACUACAGGGUCAGAGGUGGCACUCUGAAGGGGUGAAUUGCGCCAAAGAGUUUGUGCUGCGCUUUAGGAGACCUAUGUAUCAGAAAGCCAUCUUUGUAGCUCAUAAUUCUAAAGGUUUUGACAGCUAUAUAGUACUCCGAGCCAUGGUGGAGCUGGGUCUUAAGCCCUCUCUCAUUAUGCACGGGAGCAAAAUACUCUGUUUCACAGACCCUGACUACAACCAGCGAUACAUCGAUUCCCUGAGUUUUCUCACUAUGCCUCUAGCGGCCAUGCCUAAAGCUUUAGGCUUCCCUGACAAAAGCAAAGGUUUUUUCCUCACGCUUUUAGCUCUUUGAAUCAUUUAAAUUACAUUGGCCCUUACCCUCCUCCUCAGGCUUACCACCCGGAGAGAAUGAAGCCUGAAGCCAGGCGUGAAUUCAUGGAGUGGUACGAGACCGUGCGCAGAGGAAUUUUCAAUUUUAAACAGGAAGCUCUCUAUUACUGCCAAAACGACGUAGAUGUGCUGGCGGAGGGCUGCAUGAUAUUCAGAAACGGUUACAUAGAAGAAACCGGCGUGGAUCCGCUCCCCAGUAACACGAUUGCAAGCACUUGUAUGAAAACAUUUGCAUGUAACUUUCUGCAGCCUAAAACCUUAGCCAUACCGUCGCCCGACCAUUACACCCGACAAUACAAAAGCUAUUCACACGCCAGCAUCCAGUGGCUGGAGUGGGUGUCUCGUGACCGAGGCGUCUUUAUUCAGCACGCUUUGAACGCCGGUGAAAAGCGGUUGGGGCGAUAUUUUGUGGACGGCUACUCAGAGGCCGGAGGUGUUAAAUAUGUAUGGGAAUUUCUGGGUUGUUUUUAUCACGACUGUCCCUCCUGUUUUCAGCCUCACGAGACCUGUUCUCUGACGGGGCGCUCGUUUGGAGAGUUACACUGCGAUACCAUGGCUAGAUUAAACGCAUUAGAGUCUAAGGAAGGGGUUAAAGUGGUGCUUAUGAGAGAGCAUAGCUGGGAUGAAAUGAAGAAAUCAAAUCCCUCCGUCAGGGCUUUCCUGCAAGAUUAUCGAGCUCCUGAGCCCCUCCACCCCCGCCAGGCUCUGUACGGCGGCAGAACGUGCGCGGUCAGGCUCAGGUAUUCUGCAGCAGCGAACGAGAGCGUGGAAUACGCUGAUGUCACCUCACUCUAUCCUUAUGUCAACUGUAGCUUUCCCUACCCGCUAGGUCACCCUAAAAUAAUUCACACAGCUUUUAACAACCCUCAGAGCUACUUUGGGUUCAUCAGGGCUGUGGUCUACCCUCCCAGAGGGUUAUUUUCCCUGUUUUGCCUUACAGAACCGGCUCGGGUAAGCUGGUGUUUACACUCUGCCGCACCUGCGCUGAGCUUAACAAUCAGCAGGGUGCUUGUAACCAUGACGAUGAGAGCCGCGCAUUGACAGGUGUCUGGGUCAGCCCCGAAUUUAACAAAGCUUUGCAGAUGGGCUAUCGGGUGGUUAAGGUGACCGAGGUGUGGCAUUUUGAGAACCGGGACGACUCUGUAUUCGUAGGCUACAUACACACUUUUCUUAAGGGCAAACAGGAGGCUUCAGGAUAUCCUCCUGAAGCAAAUGACAGUGCCAGCAGGCAGAGAUACAUCAGGGAGUAUCACUCUCACCAGGGCAUUCUGCUGGAUGAGAAUAAAAUUCAUCCUCACCCCGCUAAAAGACAAAUCUCCAAAUUGUGUCUCAACAGCUUCUGGGGAAAGUUUGCUCAGAGAAACAAUCUGCGUCAGACGGCUCUGGUCACCGAACCAGAAGAAUUUUUUAGCUACAUGUUCUCUGAAAAAUACAAUGUAAAUUACUUCUCUUUCCUCGAUGACAGAACCGCUCUGGUUCAGUGGAGCCACGGCGGUCGUUAUAUAGCACCGCCUAACAAAUCCGAUAACGUUUUCAUAGCGGCUUUUACCACAGCGUACGGACGAUUAAAGCUUUACGAGUAUCUAGAGGAGCUCCAGGGGCACAGACAGCAUAAUUUACGUCACCAAACAGGGAGAGAACCGACUAAAAUAUGGAAAUGAUCUGGGGGACUUAACGGACGAGUUAGACGGUGAUAGCAUAGAAGAAUUCGCAGCCGCGGGUCCUAAAAGUUAUGCUUAUCAAACCAGAAACCGUAAAAAAGUGGUGUUGAAGGUGAAAGGUAUCACUCAAACUCGAGAAUGCUCUGAAAAAGUAAGCUUUGACACAGUGAGAGAUCUGGUCGAAGGCUUUGUCCAGCAGCAGCAGCAGCAGCACGAGGUGCUGCAGCGGUCUCUGACCCCUCAGCAGCAGCUCCGGCGUUCGGAGGAAGGGGGGUUUAUUGACACCCCGCAGCAGGGCAUCGUUAGAGAUAAAAACGGUUUUGUCCUAAAAAACUCUUCAUUUAGCAAAAGGUUUCAGGUUGUGUAUGACAAGAGACGGUUGCUGCGUAACAGUCAAACAGAGCCAUUUGGGUUUUAAUUUUUAAUUUUUGUUGAUUUUUUUUAAUGUAAAAAAAUGUCACAGGAAAUAGAUUUCUAUCCCAGAUUAUGUAUGCCUUUUUCAGCUAUCAUAGUCGGGCCUUCGGGCGCGGGAAAAUAUUUCUUUGUGAAACAGAUUCUCCAACACCCCAAACAUGUUUUGAAUCAAAUGCCUGAGAAUAUUGUCUAUGUGUACACCUCCUUUCAACCCAUGUACGCUGAACUGCAGAGAACGAAAAAGAGAUUAAAUUCGUUGAA